AUGGCAACUGAAUCAAAGAAAGCUGCAGCUCAGAACCUUCAGGAGGAUGAAGGACUUCUGAUAGUGAAGAUGGAAGAGGAAGAUUUUGUCUGGAGCCAGGGUGCUUGCUUACAGAGGAGUGAUCCCCUCAGGCAGGAGCUCUGCCGGCGGCUGUUCCGGCAGUUCUGCUACCAGGAUUCUCCCGGGCCCCGAGAUGCACUGAGCCAGCUCCGGGAGCUCUGCUGUCAGUGGCUGAAGCCAGAAACCCAGACCAAGGAGCAGAUCUUGGAGCUGCUAAUUCUGGAACAGUUCCUGGCUAUCUUGCCAGGGGAUCUGCAGGCUUGGGUGCGUGAACAUUACCCAGAGAGUGGAGAGGAAGCAGUGACCCUACUGGAAGAUUUAGAGAGAGGCACUGAUGAACCUCUACUCCAGAUUCCAGUCUGUGGACAUGGACAAGAACCAUUCAGGAGAAAAGUGGCACCUCCUGGGCCAGCGCUUAGUGUCCAGUUCCAGCCAGUGAACACCACGGCCCUUCAUGGUUCUUCAGAACCCCAGCUCCUACUGGACUGUGAUAACAAGAGUGAAAACCAUGAAUCCAUGCCAAAGCUGGACAUUUAUGAGAAAAUGGAAUCACAGAGAAUUGUAUCAGGAAGAAUUUCAGAAUUUGUGUCAGAAGGAUCUGCUGAGCCUCAAGACAUCUGUAAGUCUGCAGGCAAGAUAAAGAGGCAGCAGGAAAAAGACUCAGGGGAGUCUCGGAAAUCAUCAUCUACUCAGGAUGCAGCUUUCAGUAAAAUCCUCACCCACAAAAAUAUACCUACAGGCGAAAUAAUAAGCCAUGAUGGCUGUGAGAGAAACUUAAAUCUGAACUCAAAUGAAUUUACACACCAGAAAUCUUAUAAACACAGUACCUGUGACCAAAGUUUCAAAUGGAAUUCAGAUUUUAUUAAGCAUCAGAGAAUUUAUACUGGAGAAAAAAUUCACCCAUAUGGGAAAUCUCUCAAGAACCCAAACCUUAUUAAACAUGCAGCAGUUUUCACUGGUGAGAAGACCCAUCAGUGUAAUGAAUGUGGAAAAGCUUUCAGACACAGCUCAAAGCUUAUUAGGCAUCAGAGAAUCCACACUGGAGAGAGACCCUAUGAAUGUAAUGAGUGUGGAAAAGGCUUUGGGGGGAGCUCAGAUCUUAUUAGACACCAGAGGAUUCACACUGGGGAGAGACCCUUUGAAUGCAAAGAAUGUGGGAGAGCAUUCAGCCUGAACUCACAUCUUAUCCUGCAUCAGAGAAUUCACACCAGGGAGAAACCCUAUGAAUGUAGUGAAUGUGGGAAAACCUUCAGAGUGAGCUCACACCUUAUUCGACACUUGAGAAUCCACACUGGAGAGAAACCCUAUGAAUGCAGUGAGUGUGGAAGAGCCUUCAGUCAGAGCUCACACCUUAGUCAACAUCAGAGAAUUCACAAGAGGGAAAACCUAUUCAUGUAA